GACCCUGAGCUCUCUUGCAGUGCAAAGAAAGCCAUGCAGGAUGAAGAUGGAUACAUGACCCUAAAUAUCAAAACUGGAAAACCAGCUCUCACCUCAGUUGACCCUGCUUCUUCAUCAUUGUGGCGUGUGAUGGCUUUGGUUCUGCUGGCUUUGUGCAUUGGGCUAGUGGUCAUGCUCGUGGUUCUGGGGGUUAUGUUUUUCAUGCACCGAAACUGCUUACAAAUUGAGAAUAAAAAUAUCUCAGCAACUCCACAACAGUUAACAAACCUGUCCUGCCAAGAUUUAAUAAAACAAUCAGAACAAAAAGAUGAUUUCAACAAUAAAAGCAGCCCAUGUGACAAAAACUGGAGACAUUAUGGAGAUAGUUGCUAUGGAUUCUUCAGGCACAACUUAACCUGGGAAGAGAGUAAACAAUAUUGUACCAACAAGAAUGCUACUCUACUGAAGAUUCCCAGUCAGAACAUUCUGAAAUACAUCAAAUGCAGGACUUCAUUAAUUCGUUGGGUUGGAUUGUCCCGCCAGAACUCCAAAGAAGCCUGGAAGUGGGAAGAUGGCUCAGUUCCCUCCAAAAAUAUAUUUGAACUUUCUGAAAAUGCAAGAGACAAUAUGAAUUGUGCUUAUUUUCAUAAUGGGAAAAUUUACCCUACCUUCUGCCAGAACAAACAUUACUUCAUGUGUGAGAGAAAAGCAGGCAUGACAAAUGUGAACAAACUAUUUUAA